AUGGAACAAACAAGUGCAUUGGAUUUAUCAGUGAGUGUGGAAGGAAUAAAACUGAAGGAUUCAUUAAUGAUAGAAGCGAAUGAAGAACAGAUAGCAGCAUCACCAAAUUUGUUAAUCCAAGGAGUAGAUGCUAAACGAAAAUUACAGCACGUUGUAUCUCCAAAAAAAAAGUGGUUGCAAAGACAUAUGAUGAAUGAUUGCGAUGAAAAGCUGCAUGGUUGCAUGGAAGGCACGGAAAUUUUCUCUCGAUCAUCGGAUUUCGAAAGGCAUUUGAUAAAUCAUAAGGAUAAAAAGGUGUACAAUUGUUUGAAAUGCAGAAAAAAUUUCUCUCAAUCAGCGAAUUUGAAAAGACAUAUGAGGAUUCAUACCGGUGAAAGACCGUACCGUUGUUCCGUAUGCGAAAGAAGUUUCACCCGUACAGAUGGUUUGCAAAUUCAUAUGUUGACCCAUACCGGCGAAAAGCCGAACUGUUGUUCCGUAUGUGGAAAGAAUUUCUCUCACCCAUCGGUUUUGAAAAGACAUAUGAAGAUUCAUACCAAUAAAAAACCGCACUGUUGUCCUAUAUGCAGAAAAAGUUUCACCGGAAGACGAACUUUGAAUAAUCAUAUGCUAAUCCAUACAGGUGAAAAAGCGCACGGUUGUUCCGUAUGUGAGAAAAGGUUUUCUCGAAAAAGUGAUUUGAAUAGGCACAUGAAAAGUUAUCACAAAAAGAAUUUCCCUUCUGAUUGGACUGCAUGCAAUUAA